AUGUUCUCGCAUGAGAAAAGAGGUCCUGGUAAGUUUAAUCUUGGAUCAGCUGCUGAAUUCCAGGCAAUGGUUGAUGCGUGUGAAUUGCUUUCUAUCCCUUCUCAGGGAAAGAAAUUCACUUGGACUAAUAACCGUCGAAGGGGUCAUGCAGUUGCAGUGUUGGAUCGGAGUUUUUGUAAUGGGAAGUGGAUAGAUGUGUUUAGAAAUGUGAAGCAGCGUGUUUUGGUGUCUUCGGUAUCAGAUCAUGCUCCUUUAAUGGUUGUCUCUGAUGAUGUUCAAAGACCUACAAAUAUCCCCUUUAGAUUCCAUAGCUUUUGGAUGGAAAAUGAUCAAUUUAUCUCUGUGGUUGAGGAACCUUGGAAAACUUCGAUAGGGGGUAAUCCAAUUUUUGUUCUGGCACAAAAAUUAAAGCAGGUCAAGGAGAAUUUAAAGGUUUGGGCGAGGGCCAAUUUUCCUAACCUGAAUGAUGAGGUCGAUAAAGCAAAGCUGGAAUUAAAGAAGGUUCAAGAUAUGAUAGAGGUGGCUGGGAUGAAUGAUGAAUUAUUUAACAGAGAGGCAGAUGCAAAAACAGUAUUAUUGAAGGCCAACCAAAUGUACGAGAAGUUGUGGGCUGAAAAAGCUAAACUGAGAUGGAUGAAAAAUGGAGAUUGUAACUCGAAGUUUUUUCAUCUCUCCGUGAAGCUUAGGAGGUUGAAAAAUCAGAUCACCUCCCUAAAAAAGGAAGAUGGAACUUGGGUUUCAGACCAACAGGGAAUAUCAUCUUAUGUCUCUGAUUUUUUUGAGAAAUUUCAUGAGGCUGAUGAAAUCACGGUUCAUAAUGACCUUCUUGAUAAUAUUCCCAGAGUGUUGGAGGAGGAGGACGUGGCAGGAUUGGAGAGUGUCCCGAGUGGGGAAGAAAUAAAACAAGCUGUUUGGGAUUUAGAUCCUGUAAGCUCUCCAGGUCCUGAUGGGUUCCCAGGUAGUUUCUUCAGGCGAUGUUGGACUAUUGUUGAGGGUGAUUUUUGCAGGACAGUGAAAAAAUUCUUUGAGGAAGGGCGGCUUCCUAAAGGAAUAAAUAACUGCUUUAUUUCCUUGAUCCCCAAAGUUGAGGGGGCGGCCUCUCUAGAUAGGUUUCGACCUAUAUGUAUGGGGAAUUUUUAUUGCAAAGUGAUAUCAAAAAUUCUAUCUUCAAGAUUACUUGUUGUUUUGCCUAAAUUGAUUUCGGAAGAGCAAGGCGCUUUCCAGCAGGGUAAAAUAAUUUCAGCAAAUAUCAGCCUCGCCUCAGAACUGUCAAAUUUGAUGCAUUCUUCAGUUAGGGGUGGUGGAAUGGGUCUGAAGCUCGAUGUUCAAAAGGCGUAUGACUCUCUAGCUUGGGAAUUCCUCUUUGCAAUUGAUGGUUCGCUGAAAACUACCUACCUUUCCUCUUCGAUAUGGCCUGGUCUUAAAAAGGUGUGGCGGUGGGUACAGUCUCAUGAGCAAUGGACUGUUGGGAAUGGUCAGAGGAUAAAUUUUUGGAAAGAUAGCUGGCUGGGAAAGAAGUCUAUUGAGGAGAUGUAUGGUUUGCAGUUAGAUAUCUUUGAUUCGAUGCAGGCAAAGGUUUCUGAUCUCAUUUGCCAAGAUGAGUGGAAUUUUCCCCAGCGAAAAAGGGGUUGCCCCUUACUGUACAAAGUCAACAUUCCCACAACAAGUAAAAUCAUCAUAGAAACAGUUUCAUUGUAG